AUGUUUGUACUGUGCAGCCGCCUUAAAAGAGAGGGGAAAAGAGGUUUCUCUAAACCCAAGGUCGUGCGCGUGCGUUGGGGAAUUCACCCUUUGGCAAUGAGCGUCUACUCCGUUUACGUAAUUAGCGAGUCUGGGUCGCUUCAGAUGUACUAUGAUCGAACAAUACCUGCGAUAGAAGUAGAAAGGACAUUUACUUUUCCUCUCUCGUUUGUCUUUGAGAAUGUAGAUGGUCGACUUGCUGUUGUGUUUGGUGCAACCGAUGAUAUCAAACUGGGGUAUUGUGUCCUUGCUGUUAAUGGAGUCAUCGCAAACGGUACUCUAUUAGAAGACGGUCGAGAUAUUUCAGAAUUAUUUAGCAAUCCGUCCAAUUUUCCCAUCACAAUCCGCCUUGGGACACCUCGCUUACGGCCCAACGACCGAAUUACAGUGGCUAGCAUGUUCCAGGCUAUUCACCACAUGGCCCGCGUUUUAACUCCGACUCCGUCUACUGCAGAGGUUAUGGGGAAUUCUAAGUCAGGUGCUGCGACUGAACCGUCGGGUAUCCAGACCAUUGAAACCCCAGAAGCCCGCAUACACUGUUACGAAUCCAUCACCGGCACCAAAUUCCUUCUCAUUACCGAUGCUCGCAUCCCUAAUACGGCUCGUGACGCGUUAAAACUAGUGUAUGAAGCCUACACUGACUAUGUGCUAAAGAAUCCCUUCUACUCACCGAAUCAGCCUUUCAAUUUCGAAUUCUUCAACGCUCGUCUGCGAAGGAUUUGCGAUCAAGUGGAGAGAGGCAUCUAUAAUGUUGUAAAUAUCAUUAAGGUGAGUCCCAUCGGUACCUACGAAAAGGCUGCCUUGCAUAAAGUUAACCUUUUGCAGAAACUUAACUUGCGCAGGUCCACUUUGACACUACAUUUCGGCCAGGUAGCAGGCCUUAGUAUCGCCGAGGUUUGCGCACGUGAACGCCAACCGCUUACUGAGGUACCGACACAGUCCCUUUGCCCACUUUUUGUGGCACUUUGGUCGGCCCUUCGCACUUCCACACCUAUAACAACUUCUACGAAUUCGUGUUCUUGUUCCGUUACAAUGAGUCAACAAUGCGGAGUCGAAAGUCGUCAGCUCGUAACCGUCGCCGAAGAAAACGAUGCGGAGCACACGGAGUUUGAGUCAGCCGCCGAAAUCCCUACAGUGACAUCCGAGACGAGAAGGAUCCAAAGAUCUCCACUCCAUCUCAAAAAUAUUGUCGUCAAGGUACCACGAGUUGUUGUAAACGGCACGACAUCUCGCGAUUCCUGUUCCCGAUGUAAUGGUGAGCCGACUCGGAUUGUAACUGUCGAAAGAACAGCAGUUCCAACUUCGACAGUUGAGGUUCAAACGGAAGCCGGAUCAAGAGUAUUGCUUCCCCCCGUGUUUCGUGUUGUUGAAGAAAGGACCCAAUCUGAAAAGUCAGUCACAGAGGAACACUUUGUUUCCGGAAAUCCGGAGGGGUUAACGAGAAAUAACUGCGUAAAUGCCGUGAGCUAUCAACCGGUUUAUAGCAGAACACAAACGUGGGGAAGUCCGCAAGUGCAAGAAACCACGGUAGACCUUCUCAGGUCCGGCUACACUCCAUAUGAAGAAGUUGUCACAAGGGUAGUCAGAAAUCCAAGAACAGGUUCUUAUAUCGUCGGGUAUGAACCGACGCUAUACAGAAGAUAUGACGUUAAAGUGCCCUCAGUGAGCCGCUCUAACUUAAGUAGCUUGGGCUCCGAGAGAUUAGUGACAUUGGCCCAACGAAGCGCUGUUGUUGAGGCGUCAGGUGCUGAUUCGACCCAUAAGGAUGAUUCUUCUUCUUGCUCAAACGGAAGUGAUAAUACACUCGUUGAAAGGAGUGCAAGGAUAGGAACUAGAGAACUUGCUAAUGAUGUGGUAUACUUGAGAAAGACUAGGGUACCAAGAAAUGUCUUAGUUCCUUGCACUACGGAAAAUAGGGACGUUCUAUUUCUUAGGAGGAGUAACGUACCAGUGGAAAGAACAGUUCGUGUUGAACGAUCAUGUCCCAGAACUCAAUGCGGCUGUACCAGACUGAGGCACACCGAGAAUCUGAAAACCCGAACGGGAAAAGCUCUUCAGUGA